UGGAAGCAUGGCUUCAUUUGAUUUGUGUUGUUGGAAGUGAAUGCUUCUUUGCACGCAGUACAAGUGUUUAUAUUCGAUCGAAGAUGAGGCUAUCAUUAAGAAUCCUGGUUUUCGUUGUUCUACUGGCAACGAUCGUCAAAGGAAGCCUGAAGAAACCAAACUUCUACAGCUUGGAUGUGAAAAAUUUUCAAUACUUCAAAUAUCCCGGACGGCUGACAGCGCACGGAGUGCAUCCGAUCCACCCGGAUCCCACAUUCGCUCAGCGGGUAAAGGCCAUCUAUGAGUACUUCCGGAAUGUCUGGCUUGGCCACCCGAUUCAAAGGAAUAUCUAUAACAUCCCGGUGGAUCCCAAGCGGGGACUUCAGCUGCGAGCAGCAUAUCAGCGGCAGUUUGGCUAUCAGGGCGAAAAUUUGAUUGCUCUGAUCGGUAACGGUCACUCGCCGCAGGAGUUGAGGUAUUACGGAGCGAUAGGGAAAGACUUUGGUUAUUAAGGUAAUAUAAUACGAGCAAAGACUGUGUAGUGAUGAUGUGCAAUAAAAUGUGUGAUAAGUUGUACAAUAUUCUAAA